UCUGACCAAAUGUGACAGAUUUUACAUUUACUGAAAUGGACGAGAAAAUAAUUUAACAUGAACUAAAAAUAAUUAAUUACAUAUUUUUAAUGAGUUAUAUGUUUUAUUCAAACACCAGAUAUAAAAUGUUUUAUUAAAAUAAAAAGUAGUAACAUAGUAGUAACAUUAAAAGUAAAAAAAAAAAAAAUAUUGUAUUAUUUAAUCAAUAAGCAGCACCUCGUUGCCAUAGCAACAAAGUAAACAAUGAACGGGUGGUGGAAGGGGUGUUUCCAUAGCAACGUGUAAACAAGGAGACGAUGUCAGCAAGGAGAAAAGACAGAGCAGAGGAGAACAAUGGUUUCUCUGAGGAGGAGCAGGAGAGGAGGAGUGCUGAAGAUCAGGCUACCUCCUCCUCCUCCUCCUCAGCUACAUCCAAUCCAGAGGAACCAAUAAUCCAGAACAUCCCGGAGUCGGUGGAUGACUUUCUGAGGAACUUCCUUCGCAGACUCGGCCUGACUCGGACUCUGAGCAACUUUGAGGUGGAGUGGUACAGCUCGACUCAGACAAGCAGCAGCUUCUUCAUCCCCGACGCUCUCACGCAGCGGCAGAUCCUCCAGAAGGAGCUGGACACUGUCCACAGAGACACCAAGCUGCUCCAGAUGGGAGUGCUGGAGGCAGCGCAGAGCCUGGUCAGGAUGCAGAGAGAGAGAGAUUUCCACCGGAUGCAGCAUCAGCGGGUUUCCGAGCAGAAAAACAGCAUCAUUAAAGACUACAAACAGCUGCAGGAACAUCUGGAGAACUAUGAGGUGGCACUGAAGCAGUUGGAGGAGAAAAACCAAGCAGCUCUAAGAACCAAAACGCUCCUUGGUUUACAGAGAGAGAGAGCUCAAAACCUUCCAGAAUCAAGGCUCAACCAAGACAAACCCAAAGAGAAGCCAGCUAAGAAACCUUCGACACAGAGCUUCAGCAGACAGCCAAAGAUCUACAGGCUGCAGAACCCUCAGCUGGCUCCAGGGAAAUCCAACUUCCAGUUAUCCUGCUCCAUCAGGGCCCACCACCAGCCCAUCAGCAGCAUCGCUCUGCAUCCCAGUAAACUAGUGCUGGCCUCUGCCAGCGACGACCGGACCUGGAAGCUGUGGCAUCUGCCACAGAGCGGAGAGAAGGUGGGCCAGAUGCUGCUGAGAGGUGAGGGUCACUCUGAUUGGCUGUCAGGCUGCAGUUUUCACCCUGAUGGAUCAAAGCUGGCGACCACCAGCGGAGACAUGACGGUCCGGCUCUGGGAUUUUUCUCUGGGUCGCUGCGUGUUGACGCUGACCGGUCACAGCCAGCCCACCUGGGGCUGCUCGUUUCAUUCCUGCAGACACCUCCUGGCUUCCUGCUCCGCUGACAGGACAGCCAAGCUAUGGGACGUGAACAGUCGCUGCUGCAGACUCACUCUUCGUCGCCACACCGCCUCUGUCAACAGCAUCACCUUCCUGCCCUCCUCAGACCUCCUCCUCACCUGUUCGGUUGAUAAAACUCUCAUCAUGUGGGACGCCAGGCUGGGCGCGGGCACUGCCACCUUCUGUGGACAUCAACACCCCUGCAACCACGCCUCGUUCAGCCCUGCGACCCACGCCGUGGCUUCCUGUGACUCUCGAGGCGUCAUCAACCUGUGGGACACGAGGAAGCCAGCAUCACCCACAGCUGCUGUGGACACCGGGCCGCAGGGCGCCAACCAGGUGGCCUUCAACCAAUCAGGGAAGCUGCUGGCGGUUGCUAGCAGCGACGGUUUGGUUAGGCUGGUGGAGGUGGACGCGUGCAACGUGAGCAGCCUGACGGGACACAGGAAGAGUGUGCAGAGUGUGACGUUUGACCACGAGGGAGGAGCUCUGAUGUCGGCUGGGAGCGACGGAGAGAUCAAUGUCUGGUUCUGAUCUAUGGGUCCGGU